AACAGCAGCAGAGUGACGUCUCUUUCCCUAAAGCUCACCCCUCCAGGCUGCAUGUAGAUAAAGUGCAUGUGUCUGAGAAGAGGAGACACUGUUACUGCGACUGGAGCAGAUGUUUCCUGACUGCAGAGGCUCGUAGAUUAUAAGAGUUUAGAGAUUAAGACGUUUGGUUUCCUUUUGGAUGUGAAACAAACCGAGUGGCCCAACAGAGUCUGCAGUGUGUCGUCGCCGUCUGGUCAGCAUUCAAAAGUUCCGCCGUCUAGAGAGACAGCAGGUGUGGGAAUGAACAGGUCCAGGUCCAGGAUGACCCGUAGCUCCAGCUCUCAGACCAGGCACAGCGACCCCGCAGAGAUCCAGGAGGACUCUGGGUCGGGUCCGUAUGGAAAGCAGCGAAGGAAGCAGACAGACUCUGCUUUGGCCCAGGACCUCAGUCAGAUGAGUGUGAGUGGACAGGACGGUUUACCCAUAAGUGAAGGACAGAUGUCUGAAGGUAGCAGUGACCCUGUUCUGGCUGUUCAUUCCUCUGGGUCCACCUCUGGUCAGGACAGUCCAUCUGCGUUAGCUGCUAAGUCCUCAUCCCGGGGUGGUCUGGCCUCUGUGGCCCGGCUGCUGAAGCUCGGCCGCUGUAAGAACGUGGUGGUGGUGGCCGGAGCAGGAAUCAGCACAGCCAGCGGCAUCCCAGACUUCAGGACUCCAGGAACAGGUCUUUACGCCAAUCUGGAGAAGUACAACAUCCCUUACCCAGAAGCUAUUUUCAACAUCGACUACUUCUCCAACGACCCGCAGCCCUUCUUCUCCCUGGCCAAGGCUCUGUAUCCCGGACGUCACCGACCAAACUACAUACACUACUUCAUCCGCAUGCUUCAUCACAAAGGCCUGCUGCUCCGAAUGUACACUCAGAACAUCGAUGGACUGGAGAAACUGUGUGGCAUCCCAGAUGAAAAACUUGUGGAAGCUCACGGUAGUUUUGCCACAGCUUCCUGUCACCUGUGCUAUACUGCGUACCCUGCAGAGGAGGCUAAGCAUGCCAUAAUGAACGAUAACGUCCCCAUAUGCACAUUCUGCGCUGCAACAGUCAAACCUGAUGUUGUGUUUUUUGGCGAGGACCUCCCUCAGAAGUAUUUCCUCCACACUAAAGACUUCCGCAAAGCCGACCUGCUGAUAAUUAUGGGCACAUCUUUACAGAUUGAGCCAUUCGCCAGCCUGGUGAACACAGUGCGCUCCACUGUUCCACGGCUCCUCCUGAACCGACACGCUGUGGGUCCCUUUGAGAAGGUCCCCUUGCGAAGAGGAGACCGCGUUGAGCUGGGUGACCUGGAGGAUACAGUGCGGAGGUUUGCCGAAAUGCUCGGCUGGAAUGAUGAGAUUGAGGAGCUGAUGAGGAGUCAGGAAACACUGAGCGUCCCUUCAUUGAUAAGCAGCCCUUCGUCAGUGAGUGGACAGACAGCUUGCCAGAGCAGAGGAGCUCCAGAGCCUGUAGGUGUGAUGGAGACAUCCAGGUCCAGACCAGCAGGUCAAAGAGCAGCCAGCAGCGGCGGCGAGGAGACAGACUCAGAGACGGACAGCAAGAGCUCCGUUUCAUCCAGCCUGAGCAACUGAUGCUGAAUGUUUUACUAACGAUGGCACUGGAAAGGUUUGAGACGAUUACUUCUUUCCUUCGUUAACACGCGUUACUUUUUAUCUGGUUAUUUUCUUCUUGCUGCAAAAUGGUUUUCGUUGUGUGCAGUGGAGUGAAAGUACAUCUUACCCCAGAAGAGUGUAUCAUGUUCAUAUGUAAAUCAAAUUAUCAGUUUAUCAAGCUACCGACGAGCAUAUUUAAAGCACUUAUUAUAGAGGGAGGGUCCAUUCAGAACACUAGUAAAUAAAUAUCAGAGCCCUGUAACAAAUGUUUCUUCAGAUGUUUUAUACGUCCCAUGUCAGUUCACUUGUUAAUGUUUUAUAUCAGCACAACACUGUAUUUUAACAAUAUUUAAUAAAAGUAUUGUGUAAUGUUUGCAUCAUUUGUCCUCUUUUUAUAAGGUUAAUGUAGUUUACAUCCAAAAAUGACAACUACUCUUAUUCUCCAGUUUAUUAACGUAUCAGUGUAAAUAAAUGUGGUGCUAUUUACAGUAUGUAAAGAAUGUGCAAAAACAAAAAACAGAAUUACUGUAACAUAUUCUUUCCAGAUGGAGAAGUGAUCAGCAUGCAAUUUCAUUUAUCCCUCUAUGAUUGUGGAGGAAACAGAAGGCGUUACACAGGAGCACACAAGUAAACAAAAAAAUAUUAUUCUACAGAUGCAUGACAAAUUUUAAGGGAAAAACCUAAAGAAAUGAGCAUUGAGACAUAAGAAAUGGUGACUAAACAGUUUGGAAAGUAUUAACGUUUUGCGAAACUUGUGCUCUGGCCUUUGUAGUCAUCAGACUUCUAUUUUAAAGGGCACCAAAAUUGUUCUGGAGGCUUGUGGUGGCGUAAUACCUCACUGAAACACUUAAAGGGUAACAUUGUGUUUUUAAACCUGGACCUUAUUUUCCCAUGUUUUUGUGUCUAAGUGACUAAUAGGAACAACAUUUUUUUAUUUUGGUCCAGUAUUUAACGAGAAGUCUGCAGCCAGCAGCAGUGGAACAAGCUACAAUGUAACCACAUGGGGCAUUUGUGCACCAUCUGCAUCAACAUAGAGCCUACGUCGUACCCUACGCCAAAACUUGAGGAGCACCUCCCCAGAAAUAUAACUACACCUCAUGGCAAUGCAGACCAUCUGUCUAUUUUUGUAAGCUGAAACCAUUUCCCUCAGUGGAAACAAAGCUUUUGUUUACUUUUAUUUCACAGAUAAAAAGCAAUACAUUUUGAAGACAAUAAAGCCUCAACAAAAUAGCAUUUUUAAGUCUCAGGUGUGAUUUAUCCUAGCUUCAUAUGAGCGGAGGAAAAGCCCGCUAGCGGCUAGGCUAAUUUACACAAUGUAAAAUGCGAUAGGCUUGUGCUAAUUAACGUUAGCAUGUCGUAUUUAUGGGGAAAAUGUGCCAGAUAAAGACAAAUGGUUUGUCUGUGUAUACUGCGUGUUAUAGUGAAGCCAAUUUGUGUACUCGUGUUUGGAAUAGUCACUAUUAAGACAUGUUUAAUGUGUGUUUUGAAUCAACUAAACUUCACAGAAAACCUGCCACCGACCAGUGUUUUGGAGGUGUAGCUGCAGAGUGACACAGACAAACUACCGUAUAAGUAUAAAUGCUCACGAUGGCAUAGGCCACGUCGUAGACUCUGCAUAGAGCUGACGUACAAGUAUAAAUCCUUCUUAAAUGUCAAUCAACACUAUGGAAAGGACCCUUUUUGUCUAACCAGGAACAGCCUCGUAAAAGAAAGAAACACCAAUUUUAGCAUGUAUAGUGCCAACAUAUUUUCAAAUCUAACUGGGUGAUUCAGGGCUGUGUCUGGUUAAACAAAUAGGAUCUUCAUCUAAACAAAAAGGUCCAACUUUGCAGGGAUACUUCCCAUAUUGUUGUCAGACAUGUAGAAUAACAAUCUGAGGCUGUCAGUGGCAAAAAAACAGCACUUUUGGAGAACUUAAACUGACUGUGUGCAAUGCACCGAGUGGUUACACUUCAGCCUGCUUUGCCCCUGCUGGCUGUCGCCCUCUCACUAUACUGGACCAGUUUCAAAAACUGUUGUUCCCAUUAGUCACUUGUACACAAACACAUGACAGAAUAGGGUCAGGUUUAAAUAUACGUAAGUUAGCCUUUAAAGUUGGUUUCCCCUUUAAUUUGUGACUCAUCUAUAUAUCUGACCUUUCACAACUUAACAAGUAGGAAAAAAAUUUGUCACAUGUAAUUCAAAAGGUGACUCAAAGUCUUCUGUGCUUGUGUGAGGCCGACUCCAGACAAUUUAAACAUUCCUUUUAAUCCACUUAUCUGAGUUACUGUGUGUGUGUGUGAGUAGGCAGUGGUGGUGACUCACAGGUCAAGUGAAACAAACGUGCUCAUCAUGAUUAUUCACUAUUAAUCCAGUGAACUGUCACCGAUUCCCGUAAUAAUGACACAUGUUCUCUGGGUAUAGUAAUAUUCUAUUUCUCUGGAUUGUAAUCAGCAUUUUUUUUUUUAUACAUCAAACGUCAGUAAUCUGAGGCAGGGUUUCAGUUCGGAGGCCAAAUCUGUUGUGUAGUUGUAGCCAAACAUGCAGCUUGUUUCAGAAUUGGCAGCUUUUACAUUAAAUUAAUGUUUUACCAACACAAAGAAAUAUUACUCAGUUCAUACAGACACUAAACAUGUGGAUUUGUAUAAAAUUAGCAAAAAUUUCAAUCUAGAAAAAGAAAAAAAAGAAAAAAUCACAUCACCGAAACCUGAUUUAACAUCAUGCACAUUUGGCAAAAAAUAAAAUAGAUUAGAAAACAAUCAUUGUAGUUUAGCCAUUUCUUUGUCAAGAGUCCACAACAGGCAGAAACUAUCUGUUUACUAUCAUCCAGCACAGGAAAAUGUUGCAUCGCUCUAAUCAAAUUCCUCAUUUUACAUGAAAGGAAGUCCUCUCGUCUGAAACACCUUUUCAGUGACAGUAAACCUACAAGCCCUGAAUUCAGAAGGUUUCCUUGGUGACUAACUGGUGUGCAACAUUCAUGAUAAUUACACAACCAAACACAGACUCACUGUGAGCAAAUUAAAUCUAUCACACACCGACACGGCCCCAUUUCUAAAUAUACAUCAAUCCUGUGGUCCAUCUUGGACAGGCCCCAUGAUUUUAAACCAACAGUUUUCAAUGAUUUUAUGUUUAAAUGUGUGUGUGUGUGUGUGUGUGUGUGUGUGUGUGUAACGUGCACUUGAAUCAUCUAGAUAUACAAAAUCAUCAUGUCGCAGAGAAAAACAAAAUCAGAUAAACAUAAAAAAGUGUAAAACAAAAA